AUGAGUGCUACUCCAGAGUUGGGACAGCGUUCAGCAUCAGCAACAGCGACAGCGACAGUGACGACAACUGCGCACACACUGAAUCAGCCAAAGUCCUUCUCCGAUUAUACUACCCCAUCACCUACGGAUGAGGAAAACACCACCAACAAGCCAACAACGAGGGAGAAACUCACUCCCACAAAUGCCGAACUUUUAACGAGUUUGAAGGACUUUACUGUCGACAAGACAAAAUAUAAGCACUAUGGGCACCUGUCGCUGAUGAAUUCCCAAUUUUUGGAAAAGAUUGUGCACAUGAAAACGCCAGAGCAAGAAGGCAGAUCGUCCCCGUGUUCUGAGAAACCAAAAGUGGAAGAGGAGAUGGCCCAUGUAUUAGCUGGAUUACCAAACACUAUAGAGCAAAAACUUUCACUGCCACAUAACACUGACGUUUUGAGUGAAUUGAUUCAAUUGCAAAUAGAACAAGAAAGGACCAAGCAAAGUAUACUCAAGAAGGAGAUUGGAGAUACAGCUUUACAAUUGUUUAAUAUUGCCAAGGAGUUGAAUGUUAAUGCUGAUCUUAUACCAUUUUUAUUUGCGUCAGAUUCCAUAACGCCACGAGGAUUAAACAACCAGAUAAAUAAGUUGAAGCAGGAUCCUAAAGAGGUAAUCUGUGAUCUUGAGGAAAACUCUAGGCUGGUGGAAAAUGACAUGACUAGAUUCAAGAGAAAACAUUCAGAUACCCAAUUACCGUCAUUCUCAGAAACCGCCCAAAGCAUAAUAGGGUCUAAUAUUGUUUCUCCCUUGAGGUCACCUAAUAAAACACCAGCAUUAGUGCAUAGAAGGGUAGUUUCAGAUAGCAGUGAUUCCACCACCAAAGGUUCUUCACCUACUAAUUCGGGCUUUUUGCCACUUCUGUUUAUUGUAAACUCGAAAGAAACUGAACAGAAACCAGAGCAAGUUGCUAACGAAUCGACCCAAGAGCAACAACACCAUCAUCGCCCACAAGCAACACCUGCUAUCGGUCAAAGUCAGCUGCAACAACACCUGCCAUCUAUUCCACCACAGGCAACGUCACCACCACCACCACCUCACGGAUACCAAAGUCAUUUCACUACUCCUCAACAUAUUCCCCCUCCACCUCCACCAGCUUCACAAGUGCAACAUUUACCUUUACCCCCAGCAGCUUUGCAUGCAAGUAACACACAACCUACAUCUGUCAAAGGCGCUUCCAAUCUGGGUUCCCCUCACUUGCAGAAAUAUCCAAUUGUACACCCCCAUGGCUAUCCUCAAGGCGGACCCAACUACUUACCUCAGCAAUACCCCUAUUUUGUAUCUACAUCCCCGCCACAUUACAAUCAUCAUGCAUAUGCUAAUACAACUGUUAUAGGAUCGCCUCCUCAACAGCAACAACUUCAACCUUCACUUCAAGUGUCGCCACAUAAUCCUCAUCCCCAUCACCACUCCUCGUCUACACAAACGUCUUCAUUUUCCCUGGCACAACAACAACAACACAAGCCACAACAGCAGCAUUCCACGUCGUCAAGACAUCCAGUUCCUUCUCACCAAUUUGAGUCAAGCGAGUCAAAGAAGAUUGUCUUCAAAUCAGUCGAAGAUGAGACUCCGGCAUCAAAGAGACAAAAGAGCACGAAGUCAAGUGGCAGUAUCAAUUUCAUGAUAACAACGCCAAAGAAUCCACCGGCAAGGAAGUAUAACAAUCCUCACAAGGAAAAGUAA